CCGUUUGAGACGCCCUACUUCCCUUUCCCCCCUCUGACCCUCUCCCUCGCCAAAACAGCUCCCUCCCAAAACGCCCGCCUGAAAAUGGCGGGCCUAGGCGGCGCCGGCGGCUGGGGCGGCUUGGACGACGAUGACUGGGGCCUAAGCGAGGAGCAGUACGCCAAGCUCGAGCAGGACGCCUACCGCGCGAUUGCGGAGCGCAAGGCCUCCUCUUCCGCCGCCUCCACCGCCCCCGCAAUCUCGCCGCUCCCCCACCGCGCCCUAUCGCCGGCGGCCACGGUCUCUUCGCCGCUCAGGAACGAGCACCCCGCCUCCAGGGUCUCCCUGGAGUCUCGCUUCGGCAAGGUAGAAUCACUUUCACCUUCUCGGCUUAGUCAACCAAACGCAGGGAAUCAUAGUCAGGGCAGUUGGCCUAAGAUAUCUAUACAUCUUUUCCUUCAUUCUAGUGGUGUGAUUGCAGCGAAGUUCCCUUAUAACCAGAAACUCGUGGAUGCAUUUCACAAGAUCCCGAAAGCUAGCUGGAAUGGAAAAGAAAGGGUGUGGAUGUUCCCUCCGACAUCUUUAUCAAUAGCGGAGGAAGUUCUUCAUGCCGUACCUGGAUUAGUUGUUGAGGUUCAAAAAUUGGACCCGUUAGUUCAGCGGGCUUUUGCUGCUGCUGUAGCUGCCAAAGAUCUUCGAGGUUUGUAUGACAAGAUUCCAACGGAUGUCGAGUCGAAGCUUAUGCCCUUUCAGCGUGACGGAGUCAGGUUCGCUUUGCAACAUGGGGGCAGAGUGCUGAUAGCAGAUGAAAUGGGUCUUGGAAAGACAUUGCAGGCAAUUGCUGUUGCUUCUUGCCUUCAUGAUGCCUGGCCAGUUCUUGUUAUCUCUCCAUCUUCAUUGCGAUUACAUUGGGCUUCUAUGAUUCAGCAGUGGCUCAACAUCCCUACGGAAGAUAUCCUGGUGGUGUUACCACAAACUGGAGGAUCAAAUAAGGCAGGAUUCAGAUUGGUAUAUUCAAACACCAAAGGAGAUUUUCACUUGGAUGGGGUGUUCAAUGUCAUAUCUUAUGAUGUAGUUCCCAAGAUACAAAGCACACUUCUGGACUUGGAUUUUAAGAUAAUUAUAGCUGAUGAGUCACACUUCCUGAAGAAUGGCCAAGCGAAGAGAACAAUCGCUUCACUUCCUGUUCUGCAGAAAGCUCAAUUUGUGGUUUUGCUAAGUGGAACGCCUGCCUUAUCUCGCCCCAUCGAGUUGUUUACUCAGCUCCAGGCUUUAUAUCCUACUGUCUACAAUAAUGUAAAUGAGUAUGGCAAUAGAUACUGCAAAGGUGGAUAUUUUGGGUUAUAUCAAGGCGCUAGCAAUCAUGAGGAGCUGCAUAAUUUGAUGAAAGCAACCGUCAUGAUCCGCAGGUUGAAGAAAGAUGUUCUUUCAGAGUUGCCUGUUAAGCGUAGGCAACAGGUCUUUCUAGACUUAAGUGAGAAAGAGAUGAAACAUAUCCGCGCUCUUUUUCGUGAGUUGGAGACUGUCAAGAUCAAAAUGCAGUCAUGUGACUCACAGGAGAUGAUUGACUCUCUGAAAUUUAAUCAAAAGAAUAUUAUCAAUAAGAUCUAUAAUGAUUCGGCUGAAGCCAAAAUUCCAGCAGUGCUUGAUUACCUGGCCACUGUAAUUGAGGCUGACUGCAAAUUCUUAAUAUUUGCACACCAUCAACCCAUGAUUGAUGCUAUUCACCAACAUCUCUUGAAAAAGAAAGUCAAAUGUAUAAGAAUUGAUGGCCAAACACCUGUAGUUGUAAGGCAAAAUUUGGUCAUGGAUUUCCAGAACAAGGAUGACAUCAAGGCAGCAGUGUUAUCCAUCAAAGCUGGAGGUGUGGGGCUAACUUUGACAGCAGCAAGUACAGUUAUCUUUGCUGAGUUAUCAUGGACUCCAGGUGACAUUAUUCAAGCAGAGGAUCGUGCCCACCGGAUUGGUCAGGUUUCUUCAGUGAACAUAUAUUACCUUCUCGCAAACGACACAGUAGAUGAUAUUAUAUGGGAUGUUGUUCAAGGCAAACUUGAGAAUUUGGGGCAGAUGCUGGACGGGCAGGAGAAAACGCUGAAUGUCUCGCAGAGUGAAACAAGACCAAGCCCCUCGAAGCAGAAGACGCUUGACACCUACCUCAAGCGGUGCAGCACUUCCAUGGAAACCCAGCCCAGCCCGAAAAGCCGCAGGUUUUGACGGAGGGAUCAACGUGUCGCAGUGUGAUCAAGCGCAUGCUUUUGUUGUUUCUUGACAGGAUUGGUCCUGCCGUGUAUCACCGUCGUAAACAAAUGCGGUGCCUGGUUAGUCUGUAUGGCAGCACCGGCCGUGAUCGGGCAGUGUUGCCUUGUUGUAGUUUGGAUAUCAGUAGUAUGUGAGAGUAUUUACCAUCUCAGUGACUGUAGUAAUGGUGAAUAUGUGCGAAGCUGUGGACAUGGUAGAGUUUCACUAGUAAUAUUAGAUGACAAUGAGAAUAUUCAUGCUUCA